GGGUAACAACGAAACGGCUCUUUGGUCUAUCUGUCCUUGGCUUGCUGUUCCUCGUCUUCGUUUUUGUGGCUCCGUUUCCUCACCUCUCUCCUCAUUAUUUAUUCGUAUUUCAAUCUAUAUAUAUAAAUAUUUAUAUAUAUAUAUAUAUAUAUCUGAAUUAUUCUCUCUGUUAUAUAUAUAUAUUUUUUGAAUUUUGUUUGUGGAUUUGAUCUUCGAAAUCUUCGAAACCCUCGCUGUGUUCAUGCUCUGACCGAUCUCUGCAAAUUCGAUCCACUUUGAUCUUUCGUCAUGGAGCGUGUAAUCGGCGGCAAGUACAAGCUUGGCCGCAAGAUCGGCAGCGGAUCGUUCGGCGAAAUCUACCUCGCUACACAUAUUGAGACGUUUGAAAUCGUCGCUGUGAAAAUUGAAAACAAUAAAACGAAGCAUCCGCAACUGCUUUAUGAGGCCAAAUUGUAUAAUAUUCUUCAAGGAGGAAGCGGUAUUCCUGCUACGAAAUGGUCUGGUAUAGACGGGGAAGAGAAUGUGCUUGUCCUUGAUUUGCUUGGACCAAGUCUCGAAGAUCUCUUUGUAUAUUGUGGGAGGAAGUUCUCGCUGAAGACAGUUUUAAUGUUGGCUGAUCAAAUGAUCACAAGAAUAGAGUACGUUCAUUCCAAAGGAUUUCUGCAUAGAGAUAUAAAGCCCGAUAACUUCCUUAUGGGCCUUGGACGAAAAGCAAAUCAGGUUUACAUAAUAGAUUUUGGAUUAGCUAAAAGAUAUCGAGAUGCAACCACCAACCGACAUAUCCCCUACAGGGAGAACAAAAACCUAACAGGGACAGCUCGUUAUGCUAGUUGCAAUACUCAUCUUGGAAUCGAGCAAAGUCGACGGGAUGAUUUGGAGUCUCUUGGAUAUGUGCUUCUAUACUUUUUGAGAGGAAGCCUUCCAUGGCAAGGAUUGAAAGCUGCCACAAAGAAGCAAAAGUAUGAUAAAAUAUGUGAGAAGAAGUUAUCUACUCCUAUUGAGGUCCUAUGCAAGUCUCAUCCAGUGGAGUUUGCUUCAUACUUCCAUUACUGCCACUCUCUGACAUUUGAUCAGCGGCCUGAUUAUGGGUUCUUAAAGCGAUUGUUCCGUGACUUAUUUGCUCGUGAAGAAUAUGAAUUUGAUUAUGUUUUUGACUGGACAAUCAUCAAGUAUCAGCAGUCACAGAAGAACAGAACUCAGCCAAGAGUGUCUCCGGUUGUUGGUGGUACACAUAAUCAUCAUGCAACACCUAUGGAAGGGGACAAUCGUCAAGGUGUGUUUAAUACCUAUUCAGCAGCAGAGGUUUCAGAUCGUGUUAGAUCUGACAAUGUUUCAAGCCCUGCAGUGCGACUGCAUUUUAAACAACCAACUCCGAAGAAUUUGAGUUCUGACAAUGCUCUUGACAUGAAUGUUCUAAAUGAUUCUCGGAUGGCCACUGCAUCAUUUACACCUGCUGGCAGCUCAAGAGGAAAUUCUUCUAAACCUUUGCAGUCCACCGAAUCUCCAAACCGUGUACAGGGAAAUGGUCACAGGAUUGGUCCUUCAAGUAGCUGGAUUUCGUCAUUACAGAGAAUUUCGUCUGCCAAGUAAUAAAAAAUGCAACAGAUCUGGCCAGGACUAUUCUAAGCUACAUCUAUGAAGCUGCAAAUUGUGAUGAUUUGAUGUUAUCUUUUUGCAAUGUAAUUGAAGAGAUUCUGGUGAUUUAUUGGCAGAAGCUGCAACAUGCUUGCUCGUUUAAUGACUGUGUUAGUCCCUGAACUAUUUGCAAGCUCAUGUUAUUCUUUUUUUUUGCAAAGGUGACUAAAAUGCUUUGGUGGUUACAGAAUACCAACUUUCUAAAGCAUGGCUUCUGCUGUGUAAAUAGAAGUGAAUCACAGCAAUCUUGUACCUAUGGUUCUAUGUGACAUUACUGGUGUGAAAGAAUUUCGUGCUUUUAACUAAUUUUUGUUGCUAUACUUUAAGAUUCCUUUUGUAAGGCAAUAUGGAUGAUACUACUUGUUCAUAUUGCCCAAUAAUACCUCUUUUAUUAUUGUGAGUGCAAUCUUAAAUUUUCAGCCUACUUUAGACUAGAGCAUGAAACUACUACUGUGGCUUUUAUGAUGAAAUUUAACUCAAUAGGGUUGAUUUAGGAUUCAUGUAUUAGCUUUUACAAUUACUUACUAGGUUCCAGGCGUGUACGGAAGUUUACUUUUCUGCCCAAAUAAAAAUUUACUGAACUGACUUGGCUUUCA